AAAGUCGGUCUUCCGAAUCAUCCAUUGGAGCCAAUCCCCAGCUGCGUCAAGAACUGUAUUCCUUGCGGAUCAGCUAAGGACAGUGUAACAGCACAUCUGACUCUGGAUCCAAACACAGCUAGUCCCAACCUCUACGUAUCUCCUGAUUUGAAAAGUGUGAGAUGGAAAGACAUGCAACAGCAUGUGAAUGCCAGUCCUCUGAGAUUCGACGCUAUGUCUUGUGUCAUAAGCCAUCAGAGCUUCAAUUCUGGGAAGAUAUGCUGGGAGGUAGAGGUGGUGGAGGAAGGGGAGUGGUGGGGGGUGGGAAUUGUAAGGGAAACUUCAAAAAGAAACUCGCCGAUUCGUUACGAUAAUAAUGGGGGCUACUGGGGAAUCCAGGGAUAUGGGGGAUGGUAUGACGCGAUCACCCAUCCCAGAACGAAUUUAACAGUGUGCCAUCCUCUGAAAAGGAUCCGAGUUUCUCUGGAUUAUUCACAAGGCCUCAUAGCAUUCUUUGAUGGUGACACGAAUACUGAACUCUUCACUUUUCCUAAAGCAAAUUUUGCUAGAGAGAAGGUUCAUGCUUGGUUCUUGAUCGAUAAGUGGAAUGGACAGCUUCUCCUCCAUCCAUGA